AUGAUGGCAAGUCGUGACCCCAAAACUGGGGCAAACAGACUCAUGAGAGCCCAGACCCUCCAGAAGCAGCGGAGGGCCCCAGUUGGGCCAAGGGCUCCCCCGCCCGAUGAAGAAGAUCCCAGGAUAAGUCUACUCAAGUGCAAAAACUUCGGGGCCUUUGGUCACACGGCCAGAAGUACCAGGUGCCCCAUGAAGUGCUGGAAGGCAGCCCCGGUUCCCCAGACCUUUGGGAAAAAGGAAGGGAAGGAAAACCUGAAACCAUGGAAGCCCCAGGUUGAAGAGAACUACCCGGGACCCUUGAACAAGGAUAAGGGAGAGAAGGAAGAGAGACCAAGGCAACAAGACCGGCAGAGGAAGGCUCUCCUCCAAACAUUUUCCGGGAAACCUCCAGAGAAGCCGCUGCCAAAUCAAAAAGGAUCCACGGAAUCUUGUGAUUAUCUGAGGGUUGCAAGUGGGCCAAGGCCGGUCCACACAACAAGUAAGAGGCCACGUGUGGACCCUGUCCUCACUGAUCGCUCAGCUACCAAAAUGUCUGACAGGGGCUCCGUCUUGGCUUCACUGUCUCCCCUCAGAAAAGCCAGUCUGAGCUCCUCCUCAAGUCUUGGACCAAAGGAACGACAGACGGGGGCUGCGGCCGACAUCCCUCAGCCUGCAGUCAGGCACCAGGGCCCAGAGCCUCUCCUCGUGGUGAAGCCGACACACAGCAGCCCUGAGGGUGGCUGCCGAGAAGUUCCCCAGGCUGCUUCCAAAACCCAUGGCCUGCUCCAGGCCAUCAGCCCCCAGGCACACGACAAACGUCCUGCGGUGACCUCACAGCCCUGCCCACCAGCCGCCACACACAGCUUGGGCCUAGGCUCCAAUCUCAGCUUCAGGCCAGGAGCCAAGAGACCUGCCCAGGCUCCGAUUCAGGCUUGCCUGAACUUCCCCAAGAAACCGAGACUGGGUCCCUUCCAGAUACCCGAAAACGCCAUCCAGGGAGGUGAGCUGGGGGCUCCGGAGACUUUCCAACCUCCACCAGCCGCAACCGAACUUGGACCAAGUAAGUCACCCCAGAUGGGCAGGAGGACACCCGCCCAGGUGCCCAGCGUCGACCGGCAGCCUCCGCACAGCAGACCUUGCCUGCCUACUGCCCAGGCCUGCACCAUGUCCCAUCACCCAGCGGCCAGCCAUGAUGGGGCCCAGCCCCUCAGAGUGCUCUUCCGGAGACUGGAAAACGGAUAGCGGAGCUCCAGCCUCCUGACAGCUCCCUCAUUUCACUCACCUGAGAAGCCAGGAGCCUUCCUCCCUCAGAGCCCUCAUGUCUCAGAGAAGUCUGAGGGUCCCUGUGUUCAUGUCCCACUGAGUGUCCUCUAUGAGGACUAUCAGGUUUCCUCCUCCUCAGAGGACAGCGAUUCUGACCUGGAGUGA